UUCUUGUCAGGCUGAAGGACAGACGAAGACAUCUCUGACUCCUUGCUGAUCAGUUUGGAACCAUGAACGCUGUGUUUGUCCUGUUGGUGAUGCUGGUAGGAGUCCCUCAUGGUGAAACUCUCUGCGAUGGCAGGAAAGAUGGAGCUGUGUGUUAUGGAGCUCUGGGAGGAACUGUGGUUCUGCAGCUGGUGGACGAUGCCUCUGAAAUACCAAGAUAUGAGUGGAGAAAGGAAACAACAAACAUACUGGUUGUAAGAAAGAGUGUCGUUAUAAGAAAUAACAUAGAUGAAAGGUCUGUCUUCACCCCCAGUACUGGAACACUGAUGAUCAAUAACCUGAACAGGAAGGACAGUGGUAUCUACACUCUGAUGCUCUUUGAUAAAGACCAGAAGGUAUCAGAACAGAGGACUCUAAAUUUAUCAAUUCAAGCUCGUGUGACGUCUGUCCAGCUGACCUCUGAGUGUCUCUCUGAGGGAGAAAAGAGGAUCUCCUGCUCCGCUGGGGGAGGGGACAGUCCUCAGUUCAGCUGGACUCUGGAUGGACGCAGACUGACAGAGGUGGAGCUCGUCUCUGGUGCUGAUGAGACCAACAGUGUGACUCUGAAGCUCCAUGUUUCAGGACAGCUGGUCUGCUGGGUCCACAAUAACGUCAGUAAUGCCUCUGGAACAAUGGAGUUAGAUACCUGUGGCUAUAUAUUAAUUACCUGCACCUUUUCCAAUGGGAUAAAAACAUCACAGUGGGUUCAUGAAGCCGAUAAUAUCCUGUGUGUUCAACCAACAACAGCCCCUCCCUCUGUGGGUGAGGAGACCAGCAUUGGUUCAGAUCACUCCUGGCUUGUCUGUGGUUUGCUGACACUGGUGGGAUUUUUCUCAGUCAUUCUGAUUUUCAUCUAUUUUACUUGGAAGAAAAACAAAUACAAAAAGAAAGGAAGAUCCUCCAGAAAUGAGGAAGAGAGUGGAUCUCUCUGAUUUGAUGGGCGAAAUAAGAAAUCCUGCUUCCUAAACCCACACCUAAUGCUGUAUUUUUCCAUGAAUACAAUUUGGACAAAAUAAUCUGUACUUCAUGGAAUAUUUCACUUCAGGAACAUGUCAAUCACAAAACACAGAACAAAGCACAGGAGUGAAAAAAGAAACAUAGACAACCCCUAAAAAAGACAUUAACAAAGUAAUUUGCUUCCUUUAUGUAUUUUAACGUUCUCAAAAAGAAGGAGGGAGUUUCAACUUACCUAGUUGACUCCCUGAACUCUGGAUACUUAUUAUUAUUAACAAGUAUGAAAUAAUCAAUACUCAUAUUGUUGUUUCUUAUCGUUUUUAGUUUGUCAGUCUUUUGUAUAUUAUUAUAAAUAACAGUCAGUCUUUUUGAUGUGUAUCUAUAUCACACACAAACACACACACAAGUUCCAUAUUUUCAUGUUUGUAUUCUUCUACAAUAUAACUUUAUAAAUAAUAUAAAUUUUCUUUAAACUAACCAAUUUUUUUGGUUCUUCCACACUGAUUCUCUUCCACAGUUUUACACCACAGAUAAAAAUAGAAAAAAACAAACUCAUUUUGGUUUUUUGAAUGUGACUUUCUCUAAAAUGGCUUUUACAUUAUAUUUAAAGUCAUAAUUCACUAAUGAGCAUGUCAAGGAUUCAACUGAGAUUGAAAUAUUUAAUCUGUGUUCAUAACAUGGAUAAGAAAGAAAACCUAUGUAUUUGAUUGAAUAAAGAUUAAAGGUUUUUAAAAUUAAUUGAAAUUGUUGACUCGCUCUGGAGUGAAUUAAAUGCAUAUGGAAGAAAUUUUACUUUGUAUUUUUAUAUAAGUUCUGGUUUGUACAGUCAUUUUAGUGUGCUUUACCGUUUCUCUGCUAAAUGUGCUUUCAACGUAAACAUUCAAUACAUAUUAAAGAUAAAAAUAAGUUCAACUUCAGCAAAGCAAAGCAAGGACACUUGUACUUUAGCAUAUAUUUUAACUACUUCCAGUUAUUUCCAACCUCAAUCCAAGUCAAAUAUAUGAAGCUCAAUCAGUUUCUUAUUAUCACUGUAUACCAUCUGUCAUGUUUUUUUUUUUUUUUUUUUUUUUUUUGUUGCCAUUUGAAACAAAGUGAAGUAAGUAAUGAAGUCAUAAUCUGUUAAAAGUCAAAAAUAUAAAGCUCACUGGGUUUCAUCUUUUUUUUUUUUCAAAGAAAUUGCGCAGAGCAACAAAAUUGUUGCCAUCUGUAAUGUUUUUUUUUUUUCCGUUUGCAACAAAGUGGAGGAAGCAAACGGAGCAGUAAUGAAGUCUGUCACUAGAGGGCGACCUCAUCUGAAACGAAUGAGAAAAUACCUGGCAUCAUGAACUUCAUCCUAUAUUUAAGUUUUCAGAUCACAUGAUAGAAACUCAACUUAGAUGUUUUACUGCAUUCCAUAAAAAUGUCUCUGUCUUCCAGAAGGUUACAAUCUUUCAUCUACAGACAACUGAUGUGGAAAUAUUUUACCAAACAAAUGUGGAAAUGGUGGAAAUGCUUUUCGUGAAGGUUUGAAACUGAACAUUAUUUGUGAAAUUAAAGAACU